UCUUCAUAAUUUUCUAUACUCAUUUCUCAACUGUCUCGCCGCGUUCAUCUCGAGUUCAUAGCAUCAAUCACAAAAACAACAAUCAAUCACACACACCGUGUAUAUAUACAGAGAGAGAGAGAGAAAAUAAUUGAAUAUUGAGAGAGAAAAACCCUUUUGAGUUUUGACUAUUAAGCCCCCUUUUCACAUUUGACUCUACUGAUCGAUUCUCUGUGUAAUCAAAAUUCAGAUCUUUUUUCAUUUUUCGAUUCAGAUUCGAAUACCCAAUUGCGUUUUCUCUUUUCUGGGUCAUUUUUUAUUUCUCACAAAGUUUUCUCUUAUCUCUCACAAUUUUGCCCCAAUUAUGUUGACUUCAUCACUCUUGUUACUUAUGAACUAAUAUGGAACUGUUCAUAACACAACAACAACAACAACAUAGACAACGACAUCAUCAGCAAGAACAAUAACAUGUCGUUUUACAUUCGUCGUGAGGCUUCCAAGCUAUGGAAGAGAAUUUGUUCAGAGACAACUAUUGAGAUCAAUCUUCUUGCUGAGAAUUGGAAGUACCUUCUAGCUGGUCUUGUUUGUCAGUACAUACAUGGUGUGGCGGCCCGAGGAGUUCAUUAUUUUCAUAAGCCUGGCCCUGUUCUGCAAGAUGUUGGAUUUUUCCUUCUCCCGGAGCUCGGGCAAGACAAAGCUUACAUCAGUGAAACACUAUUCACGACUAUCUUUAUAUCCUUUGCCUUGUGGACGUUUCAUCCUUUCAUAUUGAAGAGCAGAAAGAUCUACACGGUUCUUAUAUGGUGCAGAGUUCUAGCAUUCUUAUUUGCUUCUCAAAUUCUUCGCAUAAUCACAUUUUAUUCUACACAGCUUCCUGGUCCAAACUACCAUUGCCGUGAGGGUUCUAGACUUGCCACAUUGCCUCGUCCAGAUAGUUUCCUCGAAGUCUUCGUGAUUAACUUUCCGCAUGGCGUGUUAUAUGGAUGUGGUGAUUUAAUAUUUUCAUCACACAUGAUCUUUACUCUUGUGUUCGUACGUACAUAUCAGAAAUAUGGCGCUCGAAGAUCCAUAAAGCAGCUCGCAUGGCUGCUUGCUGUGAUUCAGAGUCUUUUGAUAGUAGCAUCUCGCAAACAUUACACGGUUGAUGUAGUUGUUGCCUGGUACACUGUUAAUUUGGUGGUAUUUUUUGUUGACAAGAAAUUGCCAGAAUUGCCAGACCGGUCGGUUGCCGCUGCAGCAACCCUGCUACCAUUAAGCACCAAAGACAAAGACAGUAGGACCAAAGAGGAGAACUACAAGCUAUUGAAUGGGAAUUCCGGUGACCCUGCGGAUCGGAGGCAAAGAAGUCAAAUAAACGGCAAGAUUACGGAAGAUGGCAAUACACACCAUACCGACUUAGCCAUGAACGGUGCAUAGAUAAAGGAGUUGCCUCCAUUGUACAAAUUGGAUCAGCUGCAAUUGUUGGAAAGAUUCAACCUUCAAUUAGAAGAUUCUGUUGCUUAAACAUAAACUUCUCAAAUGAGAAGUCAAAACUAGUACCAAGAUUUGUGUUGUGCUUCUUCAACACUUUGCAGCCUUGAUCCAUUAAAUCAGCAAUGUGCCCUUUCAAUGUUGAAAUCAUGUGCAUAGGCUUUUCUUUUUGCUAGUUCUAUAUUUCUCCUUGCAUUACGUAGUAGCCUAAUGUUCAGCACUAUGUAAUAUAAGCAUAUAUAAUGUAAAGAAGAGGUUAAAGCUAAAUGCAGCACUUUUUUUUUUUUCUUUCCAACAGGAGUUUUAAGGUUGAGCUGAUUACUGUUAAGAAUAGUUCAAUUAGUUUGUUAGAGUUAGUUAGCUUUGAAUCAGUAUUCUCAACACCGAUUAUUGGAGGUUCAUUUUCUUUGAAAUGACGAGGUUGGUGCUAUUCAAAUGCACAAAACCACCA